UAAAAAGGUCGAUCCAUCUCAUCAACAUGCGGCAAGACAAGUGUGAAGUUCACAUCCACGUGUCAAGUAGACAUCUAACUAAAUAAAUAUAUAUGAUUUUGUAGUACUUUUCAAAGAUCUAAAAUCCAAAGAAGCUCUAAAAUAAGAACAAAACAGAAAAAUCCGAAAGAGGGAGCCCUCGAAUACACAAAAGCAAAAUGGCACAGCAUCAAAGGCCAAGAGAUCAGGAAAACACACUGCCACAUGAUCAGUACCGCGACGUUUUCAGCGUCUCCGGUGAUGACGUGGUAAGAAAGCAAGGCGUUGGUUUCCCUCAAUCCGAUCCAACGGUUGCGACGAUGGGAUCCCUAGACACGGUUACGAUUGGGGAGGCUUUGGAGGCUACGGCUUUGUCGCUUGGAGAUAAGCCUGUCGACCGUAAAGACGCAGCUGCGAUACAAGCGGCCGAAACUAGAGCCACAGGUGAGUCUGAUACUCGGCCAGGUGGUCUUGCCGCAGCGGCUCAGGCGGCUGCUGCUACCAACGAACAGGCGCUAUCCGAGGAAGGCAAAGUGACAAUAGCAGAUAUUCUCACAGAUGCUGCAGAGAAGCUUCGAGGAGACAAGGUGGUGACUAGCGAAGAUGCGGAGGCGGUGGUUGGAGCUGAACUUAGAAGCAGUCCGGAGAUGAAGACAACUCCUGGUGGCGUGGCAGAUUCCAUGUCUGCGGGUGCAAGGCUCAAUCAGCCUUUCUAGCUAUGUUUCUAUUCCUUUUGUGCUCUUAAUGAAGCUUUUUAGAAACUAAUAAGAGGGAUAUGAUUUCUGUAUGUCAAGUGGCUUCGUUAUUAUGAUGUUUAUUGAAAUUCUCAUAUUAACCCAUCGUAAAAAUCCUAGUUGCAAGUGUAUUUUUACGAUUGGUA